AACGAGAAGUGGCGUCCUCUCUUCAAUUUCAACAGCCUCUUCUUCUCUUCUUCCCAAUCUUCUUCCUCUCUUUCAAAUAUAUACAUAUAUCUCCCUCACACAUACAUACACAGCUAAAAGCCAUAGACGCAAUCUAAUCGGGACAGAUUCAAGCGAGCAUUCGUUAAUUCGUUUUGGUUCUCUGUUUUUUGGCUUCCUUGGAAAAUUUUUCUAAACCGGUGAUUGGAUGGUGAGAGAGCAAGCGGAAGAGAAGGAGGUGAGGAAGGGAAUGCGACUGGGGAAAUACGAGCUUGGAAGGACGCUUGGCGAGGGUAAUUUCGGAAAAGUAAAAUUCGCUAAAGACACCGUGUCUGGUCAACCGUUCGCCGUUAAAAUCAUUGACAAGUCACGUAUCGCCGAUCUCAACUUCUCCUUGCAGAUAAAAAGGGAGAUCAGAACGCUGAAAAUGCUGAAACAUCCCAACAUUGUCAGAUUACAUGAGGUCUUGGCUAGCAAAACAAAGAUCAAUAUGGUGAUGGAGUUAGUCACUGGAGGAGAAUUGUUCGACAAAAUUGUUUCGAACGGAAAGCUAACAGAAACUGAGGGAAGAAAAAUGUUUCAGCAGCUCAUCGAUGGAAUCAGUUACUGUCACAUCAAAGGUGUUUUCCACAGGGAUCUCAAGCUAGAGAAUGUUCUUCUUGAUGCAAAGGGACAUAUAAAGAUCACUGACUUUGGCCUCAGUGCUCUGCCUCAGCAUUUUAGGGAAGACGGAUUGCUACAUACAACCUGUGGAAGUCCUAACUACGUUGCGCCUGAGGUUUUAGCUAACAGAGGCUACGAGGGUGCAGCAUCUGAUAUAUGGUCAUGUGGUGUAGUCCUGUAUGUGAUUCUAACCGGAUGUCUCCCUUUUGAUGAUAGAAACCUUGUAGUUCUUUACCAGAAGAUAUGCAAAGGAGACCCACCGAUACCACGUUGGUUAUCACCUGGUGCAAGAACCAUGAUCAAGAAAAUGCUAGAUCCAAAUCCAGUCACCAGGAUCACGGUCGCAGGUAUUAAAGCCAGCGAAUGGUUCAAGCACGAGUACAUUCCUUCAGUUCCAGAUGAUGAUGAUGACGAAGAAGACAUUGACACAGACGACGAUGCUUUCUCAGUCCAAGAAGUCGGAUCGGAAGAUGGAAAGGGCAGUGAUUCACCGACUAUCAUCAACGCGUUUCAGUUGAUCGGAAUGUCUUCCUUCCUUGACCUGUCUGGUUUCUUUGAACAAGAGAAUGUAUCAGAGAGGAGAAUAAGAUUUACUUCAAAUAGCUCAGCAAAAGAUUUACUGGAGAAAAUCGAAAACUCAGUUACAGAAAUGGGAUUCAGUGUACAAAAGAAAAAUGCAAAGUUGAAAGUAAAGCAAGAAGAACAUAACCAGAAGGGUCAAGUUGGUUUAUCAGUAACAGCUGAGGUUUUCGAGAUAAAGCCGUCACUGAACGUGGUUGAGUUAAGAAAAUCUUAUGGCGAUUCAUCUUUGUAUAGACAGUUGUACGAGAGACUAUUAAAAGAAGUAGGCACUUCCUCGCCGGAACAAGAGCUAGUAACAUAGAAUGUGUUGGUGCUUUCGGCUAAAGAUUAUGUAUAGUCGAAUAAGUAUGGUACACCAACGAUGUUAAUAAUUUUUCAUUUAUGUAAAUAGACAAAGAGCUCAGAUUUGUAUAAUUAGUGCGAAAAUUUGCAUUAAUAUAUAGAAAAAAGUUGGCUAAA